UUCUUCCUUGUUUGCUUGCCAAGAUGCGUGAAUUUGGUUGGUGAGUAUAGUAGUCGAGCGAGGAUUGACACAGUAUGAAGGAGGUGCGGGAUCGAAAGUCCGCGGGCGAGCAGCAGAACCAUCACCCGCACCGCGAAGAGGCUGCGUCUUCUUCUUCUUUGUCGUCGUCCUUGUCUUCUGUGGCGCAGGGAAUGACCAUAGGGGACGGAGCGACGACUUCGCCAUCCGAGUCAUCAUCACCUUCUUCUUUGUUGCUGUGUGAACCCGGUGGACUCGAGAGGAAAUGCCCGACUUUGCCGUCUCCGUCGGGCAACGUGACUCAUGUGGUGAUUGGGACGCAGGGUGCAGCCGUGCACGUGCAGCACGUGGGCGCCGAGUACGGCUCGUUCACGCAGCACCAGUACUCGGGCGACGUGCAGUCACUGAAGCCCACCCUGCGUGAACGGAACGCAGCCAUGUUCGAUAAUGAGCUCAUGUCGGAUGUGGUUUUCGUCGUCGGGCCUCCGAGUGCGUGCCAAAGGAUCUUCGCCCACAAGUACGUGCUGGCCACGGGCAGUGCCGUGUUCUUUGCCAUGUUCCAUGGCGGAUUGGCCGAGACGAAGCUGGAGAUUGCCGUGCCGGACGUGGACCCUCUGGCCUUCCGCACGCUGCUCAGAUACCUGUACAUGGACGACACCCAGAUGAAGGCGGACGUGGUGUUGUCGACGCUGUACGCGGCCAAAAAGUACAUGGUGCCGUUUCUAGCCCGGGCCUGCGUCGCGUUCCUCGAGCGGAGUCUGACGGCUGAGAAUGCCUGCGUGUUGCUGAGCCAGGCCCGACUGCUGGACGAGCCGGACUUGACGCAGCGGUGUUGGGAAGUGGUGGACGCGCAGGCGGAGAUGGCCCUGACGGCGGACGGACUGGCCGACGUGGACCAUGCCACACUCAAUACUGCAACCAAAAAAUAUGAAAAUAAUGACGAUGCUGUUGCCCAAAGACUGAGACGUGUCCUGGGCGACGCCGUGUUCCUCAUUCGGUUCCCAGCCAUGAGUCUGGACGAGUUUGCCAAUGAGGCGGCGCAGUCGGGCGUGUUGACGCUGCAGGAGACCAAGGACGUGUUCCUGCACUUGACGGCGACGCAGAAGCCGGCGUUGCGGUUCUGCGCCGUGCCAAGACGCGGGCUGCAGGCCCAGGUCUGCCACCGCUUUGGCUCGUGUGCCUAUCGUAGCAAUCAGUGGCGCUACCGCGGCCGUUGCGACAGCAUCCAGUUCUGCGUGGACAAGCGCGUCUUCGUCGUCGGCUUUGGUCUCUACGGCUCGUCCAACGGCGCCGCCGAGUACUCGGUGCGCAUGGAGCUCAAGCGAGGCGGCUCGAACGGUGACGGAUGUAGUGGUGCUUCGUCUUCUUCUUCUUCUUCCUCGCCACCACCACUCUUGGGCGAGUGUGUUACCAAACUUGUUUCGGACGGCUCGUCCAACACGUUCCACGUUCACUUUCCACACCCGAUUCAGAUCGAGGCGGAUCAGUAUUACACGGCGUCGUGUGUGCUGGAUGGCGGAGAGCUGUCCUACUUUGGCCAGGAAGGCAUGAGUGAGGUGCAGGCGGGUUGCGUCACGUUCCAGUUCCAGUGCUCGGUGGACUCGACCAACGGCACGGGCGUCCAAGGCGGUCAAAUUCCGGAAAUCAUUUUCUACGGCCCGUCUUCGUCAGCAUCUCCCCCUUUGCCUUGAUGUUGUUGCAUACUGAAGAUUUGGAAGGAUGCAGCUUAUUUAUUUUAUUUUUUUCAAAGGGAUGAAGAGUGUUUAUACAUAGUACAGUAUAUAUGCAGUAUGUGUUUGUGCAUUUACAAGUGUCUUGUUUGAUUUAAGAAAAAAAGGAAAAAAAAUAGAGAGAGAGAGAGGCCCAC